CCGGCAACCCCACGCGGUUGUAGGAGCAAAAGCAAAUUUUCCAUCAUACGGAUUCUGGCAUACGCGAAAUUCGUUCUAAGUCGAAUUGCCGGUCUUCAGCAGUGCUUGUCAUUCACGCUGUGGAACGAGUGCAGUGUUUUCUGUUCGUUUAUUUUGGAUUUGGUGUGUUUCUUUUUGGAUUGCGGAUUUGGAAUUUUUAUUAAUUUUGGAACUUUUUUUAACUGCAUCAUGACGGAAAAUUUAACGAAGUUACCAGUGAAGAGCAUUUUGAGGAAAAGUUCUCUUACUUUUAUAGAACACGAUGAUUCGGAAAUACAGCUAACCCUAGAUUCAGAGAAGCCCACUAAAGUUAUUGUGGAACCUGUCGAAACACCUCCCAAAGAAUACCCUGGAGAAACAGAAGAAGAAAAGGCGCGCCGUGAAGAAUUCGAACUGAAACGCAAGAUGAAUCGCCACCAGGAAGCUAUGAAAGUGGCCAUCGCCAAGAAGCUGCUCUCCCAAGAAGAGAUCGAGGAAGAACUGGACCUCAACACAGAGGAUGAGACGGUAUCGGAUGCCAGCGAGGAUGCCCUUGAAAAGGACGAUAACGAAUACUAUUACGCGUCAACUGAUGAUAUCACAGAGGAUGCCACAGAACAGAAUACAAAGUCCACUGUCUGAUGGGCAUCAAAGGAAGGAGAGAAAAAAAAGUUACCUUUGCCACAAUGUUCCGUUUUGUUUAUUAUUAUUUUUUCAUUCAUGUUGCCAGAUAUACAGAAAACAUUUGACCUUUUUUUUUUAAAAAAAAAUAUAUUUUAAUUGUAUGAGGACGCAUUUUAGGAAGAAAUUAAUAAUUAUGAUGUGUGUGGAUUUUUUCAUGUGAGUUUAACUCCUGGUGGAUUUCACUAAAAAAAGUCAUCUAUAGAAAGAGUUUUUAAUCCAUUGAUUUACAAAUUCCUAAUUAGAUGGCACAUCCUCUUUGGUGCAUUUAUUUAAAUCCUGUAUAUGAAUGUAACUGAAAUAUUCAAGCAUGUUUAAGUGAUUUUUGUUUUAGGCAGAUUCCUUAUAGGUUGGCUAUCUCUUGUAAUGUUUUUAUAUGAAUAUAACGCUUUGUAGUAGCUUGCUGUUCAGAUUUUGAAUUAUAUUUUGUGCAAUAAGGAUAAAUGUUUUUAAAUGCACUUUUUAAAUUAAUCUUGUUGAUUCGGAAGUUGUGUUAAUCUGUUGUUCUUUAGUCUGAUGUCUGCCGCAUUGCUGGAGAGUAUUAAAAAAAAAGCAACCAUUAUAGUCUUAAAAUUAAAAUAAAAUAAAAAAAACGUGAUAUAGUUUUUCCUUUUAUUCCUAUUAAUAUAAUUUAAAUGUUUAAAAGUGCACCAGGUAAGAUCUUAAUUCCAAUAUUAAUUUUUUAAAGCAAUUUUUAAAAGCAGACUAUAUUUAUCUCAAUAUAUUAAAAAAAAUAAUAAUAAAUUCUUAAUUUAUAUCAUAAAAUGUUAUCCAUUACAUUUAACUGAAAAAAGAAUUUCAAACGAUAAUUAAUUCCUUUACGUAUGCUUAAAUGCAGAUGAAUUUUUUUUUAUUUUUUACUGGCUAAUAUAAUUUUUUGACAUUUGCUUAAAAAUUUUCAAAGCUUUUUAAUAAUAUAUUAGAAGUAAACCUAUUUGUAUUUUAUUUUUAUAUUAGUUAUGUUCAUAUUAUUUAUUUUGCAAUAAAUCCUGAAUAAUGCGAAAACAAUAAAGUCAUGAUAUGGUUUUAUAUCAUGAAGCUACAAUAUUUCAAUAAUUUUGUCAAAGGAAUGAAAAAAGUUUCGAAAACAUUAAUUUAGAUUAUAAGGAAUGUACCUUUGUCUUCCCGCUAGCCGAGUGGAUUUUUUUAAGCUAAACUACUUAGCUUCCUAUUUUAGCUUAAUUACAAAUUUAAUAAUUAAAUCAAUCGAUUAAAUUCUUCAAGUCGAUGUAUGUGACAAAUGCUUUAUAGCGAGAAAAGGAUUAAACUUCUGUGACGCGAAACUUUUCACUACAUUUUCAUUUUGGAUUCUUUUACACUUAUAAGUAAAAAUUGUUUUUUAAAAAUCAUCUGAAUUCAAACCAUUCCAUUAAAAUUUUCUGAACAGCAAUUUUAAAAUGAAUUUGUUUUAUUUAUAAUGAAUAAAAUGAAAUAAUUUGUUUAUGUUAUGCUUCGUUAUAUUUAUUUUCGAAUGUGUGAGUUUCCCCCGUCACUCAGUUAGUAUUGUGAAAAGUUAAAAAUGCUUUGAUCUAUAUGAUGUGUUAAAUCGAAAACGACAUGACAUAUUUUAAAUUCCGUGGCAAGUUUGUUUUGGGGGCAUAGUGUAUAUGAAUUGCCGUUAAAAAAAUUAAAUUUUAAUGUAACAAUUCUUAAUGUUUUGUGCCAUUUUCAUUUUGUAUUACAGAAAUCAUGAUUAUUAAAAGAAAGGUUUGAAUAUGA